GACAUUGACAGUAACGGUAAUUUAAAAUUUUAAAAUGUAAACAAUUUAUAUAAACUUUUUUUUGUUACAAUUUAGAAUUAAAUAAUAAAAAUGCAGCGACAGAGAUUGUCUCGUGAAUUAUUAAAAAUGUCUUCCUCCCCACCUCAAGGAAUUUGUGUUUAUUCAAAAGACGAACAAUAUCACUUAGAAGCAAAACUCACCGGCCCUCAAGAUAGUCCCUACAAAAAUGGUGUUUUUACAUUAGACAUAAUAGUGCCUGAAAAAUAUCCCUUUUCACCGCCCUCAAUUACAUUUGUGACAAAAAUUUACCACCCAAAUAUAGAUGAUAAUGGAAGGAUAUGUUUAGAUUUAAUAAAGAUGCCCCCAACAGGCAGUUGGAAGCCUACCAUUGGAUUAGAAGGUUUAUUGACUGCCAUUAGAAUGUUGUUGGAAUGCCCCAAUCCCGACGAUCCCCUCAUGGCUGACAUAGCAGAAGAAUUUAAAAAUCACCAUCAGAUCUUUUUAGAAAAAGCUAAAUCAUUUACUGAAAAUUAUGCAAAGGGUUGAGCCGUAUACAUCUAAUACUCAUUUAAUAUCUUCAUUACGAUUUUGUAACAUUUGUUUUUUAUAAGAAUUUGUUAAUAUUUUAUGAUUAUAACCUGUUUUUCAUUCCAAUUUUAUGUAUCACUAAGAAUUUUUAAGUUAAUUUGAAAAAAAAAUUUUUCCAAAAUUAAAAAAAUUUUACUUUAGAA